CGAUUAGACUGUUCUACAGACUGUUUUUUCAAUUCGUGUUCCCUGCAAAGAAGUAAAUAACAUCUUCCUCAGUGCGAAUUUCUCCAACGUCAUAUUUUUGUGGGUAGAACAAGGAGUCGUAGGGGUUUCCCGACUCCAUUAUAUACCACGAAUCGUGCGAAAUUCUAGGCCUUUUUUCCGUCACGUCCUGUAAAAUCCUUGAAAUAUCGUCCCGUGUUCUGUCUCCAUAUGACAGAGUGUUACUGUAGGGCCUGUUGCGGCCACCACCACUGUUCGAUACCAACACAUCUCUACUAUGGUACGAUUUUUUAAAAGGGGAACACCUAGUCAGAUUCUAUUUCUUUCCUAGGCAUCUUUCCCCAGGGGUUACCGUGUUGGUGAUAGGGCACAGAGCAUGAAAAACUUAGCCUACUCGAUUGUGGGUGCCUCUGGACGGUGUCACAGACCUUGUGUACGGUGCGAUCCGUGGCACGUAGAAAUGAGAGCACCGCAGCGAGGUACGAGCGAUAAACCAUUUCCAGUCUGGAAAAGGAAGCGUCCGUGAGUUGGCGAGAGAGUAUGGCUGAAAAUACCUCCUGCUGGGAAACGAAGCCACGCGCGAAAUAGCAGUGUUCGUGAUUCAGGGUUGUUCGCAGAACGCGUGUAGAGGACAAAAGCCUCAUACCGUGGGACACGGAACAGUCGAGAGGAUAAUACGAGCGAUUUACAUGAAUGUGUUCCUCUCUCCUGCUGGUACAUGGUUUUUCUGCCUCCGCUGUGGAAAGAACGCCUACCGCGGCCGAGGGUCGCAGGUCGCUGGCACCUUUCCCACCUGAACUGUGUCCGAGGUGGCGGCACUCUCUGGCGUGGUUCGCGGGUUUUGCGUUCGUGUGGUCGUGGAGUUCCACAGAAGAGCAGAAAGGUGAGAGGAAGAGUGCGCCUGGAUCGACCGCACACGUGGAGUGGAAGGUAUGUGUGGGUCUCAUGUUCCCCAUGAACGAAACGCUCUCCUCAAGGACAACAUCCCCGUUAAAAAUGGAUCCUCGUCUGAGGGGAUCCCCUCAAUUCUGUCUGCAGCAAAAGGACGCGUGUGUACGGGACGGCGUGUUGGAAUAUCCUUUUCUUCAUGCACUCGCGGGUUCUGAACGUGGUGAACCCUCGCUAGAUAGCCGUGAUGGUGUUCUGGAAGACGCCGUGGGCAGAGAAUUCGAACGACUAUCACACCCGCCGAGCAGACGGCCAGCGCCGUGGGUGGUGCUCAUCCUUCCUGCGGCAUGCGCCGCAGGGUUCAGCACGCUGACUUGAAGUUGCAUUGGACAGGGCGAGUUCGCAAUCAAGCCGGAGGAAAAAAGGGAGGGUGUUGCUGGGCAGGGGAGCAGCGCGAAGUCUGGCGUCUUUUUUUCGUUGCGUCGGGUCCAAAAACCGCCUUUUCUCUCGCGUCUGGCCCUCUCGAGUUUCGCAUCUUUGUCUUUCUUCACUGUCGUUCGCGGGUUUUCCACCUUUGUCCUCCACACACGCGUGUUAGAAGACACCUUCCUUCCAGCCCUUCCUCAUUUGCGCGCCGCAGCCACCAGUUUGUACAGCGGCCGGUUUGGUGGUGUUGCGCCUUCCGACCCCAGGUGCUCCGGCAGAACGCUCCCGUGCGUUGGUGUUAGGAUUCUUUCCUCCCCCCCGGGACAGCCGUUUUUGUCGACUUUUUUCCUUCUGCGCGCUCUGGUUCCUUUUUUUCUGCAUCUUCCAAAAUGAGAGAAAUCGUCCACGUUCAGGGUGGCCAGUGCGGCAACCAAAUUGGCGCCAAGUUUUGGGAGGUCAUCUCGGACGAACACGGCAUUGAUCCGACCGGUACCUACUGUGGAGACAGUGACUUGCAGCUGGAGAGAAUCAAUGUGUUCUACAAUGAGGCCACCGGUGGACGCUUCGUCCCGCGUGCGAUCCUCAUGGAUCUGGAGCCGGGCACUAUGGACAGCGUUCGCGCGGGUCCGUUUGGCCAGCUCUUCCGCCCUGACAACUUCGUCUUUGGCCAAACUGGAGCGGGCAACAACUGGGCCAAGGGUCACUACACUGAGGGUGCGGAGCUGAUCGACUCUGUCCUCGACGUCGUCCGCAAGGAGGCUGAAGGCUGCGACUGCCUUCAGGGUUUCCAGAUCACCCACAGUCUUGGAGGGGGUACCGGUUCGGGUAUGGGUACGUUGUUGAUCAGCAAGGUCCGCGAGGAGUACCCCGACCGCAUCAUGGAGACUUUCUCCGUGUUCCCGUCCCCCAAGGUCUCUGACACCGUUGUCGAGCCGUACAACGCAACGCUCUCCGUUCACCAGCUGGUUGAGAACGCGGACGAAGUCCAGGUGAUCGACAACGAGGCCCUAUACGACAUUUGCUUCCGAACACUGAAGCUGACCACGCCGACGUAUGGCGACCUGAACCAUUUGGUCUCCGCAGCCAUGAGCGGUGUGACCUGCUGUCUCCGCUUCCCCGGUCAGCUAAACAGCGACCUGCGCAAACUUGCGGUCAACCUCAUCCCGUUCCCUCGUCUCCACUUCUUCCUCAUUGGGUUUGCUCCGCUCACGAGCCGCGGCAGCCAGCAGUACCGCGCUCUCAGCGUCCCCGAGCUCACCCAGCAGAUGUUCGACGCAAAGAACAUGAUGUGCGCCUCCGACCCGCGCCACGGCCGCUACCUGACUGCCUCCGCCAUGUUCCGUGGUCGCAUGUCGACCAAGGAAGUCGACGAGCAGAUGCUCAACGUCCAGAACAAGAACUCGUCCUACUUCGUUGAGUGGAUUCCCAACAACAUGAAGUCCAGCGUCUGUGACAUCCCCCCGAAGGGCCUCAAGAUGUCUGUCACCUUUGUCGGGAACUCCACCGCCAUCCAGGAGAUGUUCAAGCGUGUGUCCGACCAAUUCACAGCUAUGUUCAGGCGCAAGGCUUUCUUGCACUGGUACACGGGUGAAGGUAUGGACGAGAUGGAAUUCACCGAGGCCGAGUCGAACAUGAACGACCUGGUGUCCGAGUAUCAGCAGUACCAGGACGCCACCGCAGAGGAAGAGGGAGAAUUCGACGAGGAAGAGGGCGAGAUGGGUGCAGAGGAAGGCGCGUAGUGGCUUUUCUCAUUCUAAUGUCACGUCUGUUACAUCCGUCUCGAGCAGUUGUCCUGGGGAUCGGACAAGUUAUGUCACUGUCCUAAACACUCGAUAUACAUUGUCAAAAAAAAGAAAAAAACGGUCUUUUCGUCUCUGUGGGAUUAUCUGUUUUUGCUCGUGUUCAUGGUAUCUCGAGUGUGUAAAAGUACGUUUUUGAAUACGCUGUCAGCUCGGAGUGGACUCAGGACUCCGUCUUGUUGCAACAAGUGUGCUGAAUAGGAGCUGCCCAAGCCGCACCACAUCGCUACGUAGACACGAUCCUCGCUCUCCUGGCUUGUUGCUUAUUGGCCGCAUCGACAGCUUUCGAUGUGACUUUCCAACGGCUAGUCCAGGUUAUGCGGGGGUGCUGUCCUGUGGUGUAUCCUCGCUCCUUUUGAUGUCUGAACGGAUGCUGGCGGGAUGUCUCAUUUGUUCUGCCGGUGGUUUUUCCCUCUGCCGAGAACGGGUGAUAGUCCUAACGGCGGUCAUUCUGACGGGAUUGUCUCCAAUAAUGAAAAUGGGAUCCGCUGUUCAUCUCCUGCCUUGUCUUUGGAGUUAACUGCCUAAGUACAGUAAAGCCAUUUAUAAGGAUUGCGCCUGUUGGCUCGAACCAGAGCUUUACCUAAAAGCAUGCGAGCGCGAGCUGGAAAAUCGUACACAGCCUGUCGCCGUUCUAACAUUCAGGGUCAGUGUAGCGCAUGUGGUAGCGAGCCAAAAAGCAGACUACUAUGUCCCUAACAAACGAGACGAAGUCGAAACACAGUGGGUGAGUGCAGUCUGUGACGAUAUGGAUGAUGGUGGACAGUGAAAGAAAUCGAUUAGCGAUGGUCUUCCGUUGACCGACCUGUUACUCAGAAGUCGUCGCAGAAACUACCUCCGAAAGGCUGCACGCUUCUAUAAGCGCUGACGUCAUAACCUAGUAUCUUCAAUCUUACCAGCUGGUGCUCACUGACGGCCUGCAAGCGAGGAACAGAGGAAUGGGGUUGAAGUGGUCGUACCUGUCUAUGGAGCGCCUGGUCUCCACGCUGUUGGCUUUCCAUGCGUAUUCUAAUCCCACGCAAAGACAGCCGUUUUGUAUUUAUUACCUAUUCCGCUUUAUUGGCAACACAGGGAGCAGGAGAAAUCGUGAUUUCGUGGUCCGUAUCAGGGAAAGCGUGCGUCGAGAAUGGCCGGUGAAGCGCUCAGGUGUUAUCCUCAAUAGAAUGCCGGGCGGCGCUGUGACGGUGUGGAAGUUUUGAUCCACCAACUGAAACAGUGAAUUUGCUUGGAGCUACGCAGCUCUGACUGCAGACGGGUCCUUUUCUUGCCUCAGCAAAGUUAACCUUUCUCUGGACAAGACUAAGAUAAAUAUUAAGUACGUUAGUGUGACUUUCUGCAUCAGAGGGAUACGGGCUUCUCUACAGACACGAAAUCUUAUGUGCCCAGUCCACCACAGCCGUUCCGUCGGUCGUUGCUCCGCGGUCGUGUACGAUACCGGCAUGGGCGGGAAAAGAGUAGCUUGUGACACUGUACUUUAAAACGGUAACUGCUGUCUCGCCUCUUCACAUGGUACUGUCGGUUUAUUUCACCAUCUGAGUGUUCCGUAUCCGUUUAAGCGUGAAGUCCCCCUGCAUGUGCACUGCACGGGAAGAACACUGCAGUCUCGACCCGUUAAAAUUUUGGCAAGCAGCAUCAACAUUAGCCUCUCUCUAGCAAAUCUGGCAUCUCAUCCGUGGUGUUGGUCUGUUUUUUAUCGUAGACUGCUAACAGAUCCUUAAAAGUCGGAUGCAAUAACGGAUCCAGUCGCGUUCUACACAAUCACUGAAACAAUGAAACUGCAUAAUCGGACAGGAACUGGACUGCUCCUGAUGAUGCACUAUCUGCGUUACCAGCCGAGUCAGCUCAUGCGCGAUCGUUGGGAAGUGCAACUGACUACGAGCUAAAGCAAUAAAACAGUCAAGCGCGCAUUGUCAUUUGUUCCUUGGCCCACCUGUCCAGAAGCACAGUCACUGUGUUGUUACGCAUUCGCCGCUGCCAAAUUAUCUUCGUCCGUUGUCAGUAAAGUCACCACAAGCAUGCCCUUUUCACAGUGAGGAGCGGCACUCCGCUACAUUGAGGUCCAAUGUUUCCUUUUUGGUUGUCUGUUUUAGACGCUUUGAAUGCAACGGGAAAAUUAUCUUUGUUCGACUUCCAGGUGGAGCAAAAACAGUUUUCCAAUUUUAUGAGGAGCUACUAUCGCGUUGGUCCUCAGCUUUAAUGGCACAUGUAUUCCGGUGAGACCAGAACUGCUGCAGCAACAGUCAAACUGAUAUAUAGGAUUGCGCCGGUGGGGCGUCUUUCUUUUUCAUGUCCCGAAGCCCCUUUGUGUCUGUGAGGACACCGACUCUAGAGUGUUUGCCAUUGUCCCGUAUGCUGCUAGCAAGUGUAUCCCAAAUCUGUUCACUUGCGGAUUGUACGAUUGUAGAGUCAGACGGGAUGAAGUUCGAACAAGAAGUGCCUUAAAUUUCACAAAGGAAUGACGACAAGAGAGCCUUCUUUCAGAUUGAAGGCACGAAGCCACAACUCUCCUGCAGGAAUUCCAUACUUCCGUUUCAGCGCUGCCUCUUUCUUUGAAUUGAUAGAUAUGCCCUGGAACGCAAAAAGGGAAAACACACAGAAGGAAAAAUUUGUCUAGUUCAAUAACAUCAGAAGCACGAACAGAGGUCAAAGAUCACCGUCACACUUACGUUCAAUUUGAACUUCAGGUUGCCCACAAUAUAGUCACGUUGUAGGAUUUUUGGAUUUGCCGAGCUUCGGAGACGAGUUACCAAUAUUUGUUUGAGAUCGUCGAGCAGAAAAUGAUCCUGGAUUCUGAUAUUGAACUCUUCUUCCGUCUUCAAUCCCCCUGGAAUCACACAAUAAAGUACGUACUGUCUACGCAGUGUCAAGUAGCGAGAUGCGCGUCUUCCAUGUGGCAAAGCACCACCAAUAGUUUGCAGCGGGCAACCUUACAUUUCUUAACCUUGCACACGACAGUGACUUCUGGAUUUAUAGGAAAAACUUCGAUUUCCAUUGAGCUCCGCGUUCCGAAACGAUCUCGUAUUUGCAGGCCCUGUCAGGAUGCAGAUUGGAAGAAGCAGUCGAACAUAUCCUAAAAUCCCCCAAUAAGAGCGUCAUACUGGUUCCGUCGUUUGUUUUCUGUUUGAUCCACGUGCCAUGACUCGCCGUGCUAGCCCCCUGAAUCGCUACAUACUCCUUACCUCCAGCGGGCGUCCGGGUUGCUCUUGUCGUAUAUACAUUAAAAUGUUAUCAGCGUUCAAUCCCGUUAACGAUGAUGGCCCAAGUCGGUUGAUCAAAUCCUCCUUGAGACUCUCAACCUGCAGAUACGGAUCAUUUUUUGCGGUGGCUUCAGGUCAUGUCUGCCCAGUCGUAGUCGGGAGAGACAUCACAACUUCACACAGAUACUCUUUGCUUCGCUUACGGCGGGACCCGGUCUUCCGCCUUCGCUUUUUUCCGCAGCUGAUCUGCUGGCAUCGAGUCUUCAAUCAGCUGAACUCCGAGAUAGUAAUGCUGCUCUGAUUCAAGGAUGCCAGUCUUCUGCUCGAUCUGAAAACGAGAAGAAUGCGACUAGCAGGCGACAAAUUAGCAUCGCUUGGGUACAAGGUUCUAUAGACGGUCCACUAGGGGAACACGAA